UUACACUCUGUGUGUGUUACACCAUGCGUGUGUUACACCUACUUUAUCUGGAAUGUUGUUAUGACGAAAUUUCUAAUCUGCUUUGUGUUUGGGCAUGGAAUAGAUAUGGCUUAAAUAACAACUGCGUGUACUGUUUGAACAACUAUAAAUUGUUGAUUUCCAGGGUAAUGCACCGUGCGUGUCCCAGGAUAUUUGGAUGAACUGAAAUCUAAACAUUGAGCUUGCACACAUUGUUAUAUUAAUUAUUAACCUGCACUGAAGUAAAGUCUUCAGAGAAACUGUAUUGCAACCGGCAUUUGAAAGGACGACAUUAUGGAGUGGAUUUCUCUCAUCUGUCACCCACUUUGGUUUCUUGUUUCGGUUAUUUUGAUUAUUGUUGUCAAGUGGCAGAGAAAAGGCUAUUGGAAACCCCAAGACUGUCCAGUGAGACUCACUGGGAAAACUGUGAUUGUUACUGGAGCAAACACAGGGAUCGGGAAACAAAUCGCCAUGGAUCUGGCCCGGAGAAAUGCUCGUGUGAUUCUUGCCUGUCGCAAUCUGCAUAGAGGGCGGAACACAGAGCAGGAGAUACGUCACAAGACAGGCAAUCACAACGUUCAUCUGCGUAUCCUGGACACCAGCUCCCUGCAGUCUGUCCGCAGGUUCUCAGAGCAGAUCAACAAGGAGGAGAAACAACUGGAUAUUCUCAUAAAUAACGCAGGAGCAUCAGGGCUGAAGCGAGAAAUAACCUCAGAUGGUUUAGAACUCACUUUUGCCACCAACUGCCUGGGUCCGUUUCUCCUCACAAACCUGUUGCUGGAGAAGCUGAAGCUAUCGACUUUGGCUCGCAUUGUGAAUGUUUCCUCCCUGAAUCAUGCUCGAGGGAAGAUUGACUUCACACAGAUGACAGGAGAGAACUUCCCCCCUUUUGACUCUGCCUACAACAACACCAAGCUCAUGAACAUUCUCCACACAAUGGAGUUGUCCAACCACCUGCAGCACUCAGCGGUGACGGUGAAUGCUGUAAACCCGGGCGUGGUGUUGACAGAAGUGAUGAGAAACUACAAUGUCCUGAUCCGUUCCUGCUUCAAUAUUAUCGGCUUCUUCUGCUUCAAGUCCCCACAGGAGGGAGCUGUCAGCACCAUCUACUGUGCUGUGUCCAAGGAGCUGGAGAACGUCAGCGGCAAAUACAUCGACAGUGACUGCUCCCUGCGGCUGCCCUCCCCCACCGCACAGGACGCCAGCAUCGCCGGCAAACUCUGGGACAUCAGUGAGAGACUGACAGCCAACAGCCGGGACAAGUGAGACAUCACUCAACCACAGCCCCGAGACAGUCACACACACACACA